GGGGGGGGGGGGGGGGGGUUUAGAGUUUUUUUUUCGUUUGGUUCUAUUUUGCAUAGUCAUGUCUGUCAAUAUGACGAGACUCUCGGCUGCGUAAGUUGCCCUAGCUGUGGUGACUUACUGGGCGGCCAUGGUUGUGUUCGAUGUGGUGACGGAUCAAGCGAUCUGAUGAGUCUAGGAUGCUCACUAUUCGGCAGUUGAUUGCCUCUUGGCACGGGUUCUACCGCAUCUUGACUGAAAUGACUAUCGAUAUACUCUGAACCAUGAAGACUCACGAUGAGGCUCGACAUGGUUAUAAGCUGCAAUGUUCAAGGCAUAUAAAACUGCAGAGAUGGCGACUGGACCAUCAAUACUUGCUAUCCCAAAAAAUCACCAGAUAUACUCACCUUUGCCAGAUCAUUCCUAGGACAAGAAACUACUCUUAACAUCCAGAUCAAACAAACCCAUCAUGUCCUCCAGUAAACCCAAGCCAGAACGCCCUCCAACACCAUCCAAACCCACCCUCAUCGACACGAACCCCUUCUACAUCGACAUGAGCCGAGGUACGCACCGCAAGGCCCUCCGCCCCUUCACCACAACCCUCACCACAACCCUCACCCCACUCCUCCGCCCUCGCACCUCAUCAGAGAUCCUCGCAGACCUACAACCCGAACAAAAUAACCCUCCCGCAGAACACAUCCCCUCCCGCCCCUCCACACCAACACCAUCCCGCCGCCCUCGAACUCCCCCCAAGUCGCCAGCACGGACAUCACCACGUAGUAGCACCAGCACCGACGACCCUUCCCAAGAUGUAUUCCAAACCCCAGAGCGUAACCACAGCACACCCGUCAUGCGCAUCUUCAUAGACACCAGCCCCGCCGCCUCCUCCGGCACCUCGAAACGCAGCGCCGAUGUAGACGGCGACAUCCGCAUGAAGAACACCACCCCCGAAACCCACCACCUCUCCCUCCGCGCCCUCGUAACGCAGAUAGUCCACGAGACCUUUUCCCUCGAACGCGCGCGGUUAGCAGACGAGAUUCGUCGCCAGGUUCUCGCUUCGUUGGAACAGCAUAUCGGGCAGCUGGUUAGAGACAACUUUGAAGCUGCGCUGGCGGAGGCGUUGGAGGAGCCGUUUGAGGUGGGGGAGAGGGAGGGGGAGAGGGCGAGGGAGGCUGCUGUUGUUAGGGUUGUGAGGGAGAGGUUGGCGGGGUUGAGUUGUGAUGGGCUUGUGGAGGUGUUUUGUAAUGAGGAGGUUUUGGGGGUGUUGAGGAGGGUUGUUGGGGUUGUUGAGGGGGAGGUUUGUGGGCUGGGUUGGGAUUUGGUUGCGUUGUAGGUUGGGGGGGGUGGUGAUGUUGUGGUGAUGUUGUGGUGUUUGUUGGUGGUCGUGGAGAGUCUACUUGGAUGGUCUAGAUAGUCAAGUUGUCGUUGAGACACGUGUUGUCAAGUGUGUUUGGUGUUUGAUGUUUGAUGUUUGAAGUACACUUGAGGUUGUAGAUCUGGGGAAUGUAAUGGCUAUGAUACGAGGUCUCGUAUGGAAAUAUCUGAGCAUUUCAUCAUGUCUAUGGCAACGCGUAAAUCAAAGAGCAUCAGAGUGAUCCGCUUAGAUAUUGUUGGUAUCCCUAUCACAGGGAAGUUGGUUCGAACCGUAGGGUCCUGGGGGUGACGAAGUAUCAAUAUCUCUGUAUUGAUUGAUUCUGCGUAAUGUGUAAAAGGGAGAUUCUAACCGUACGUUAGUUAGGUAGUCGCGGUCUAAUUAUACUACCUCGAGGUGGCCCAUGCUCU